AUUUAUUGUACACAAGCCCAAAGGACAUCUUGCCCCAACCAACCUGCGAUCCUCAUUACGAGACAGCACAUUGGUCACUACAUUCCCUUAAACCCAGCGGUUUUGCAGAAUCCGCUUUCCCGUAACGCCCUCGUCACCUACCACCUUAAAAAACCAUGACUCGAUAGCGGACCCUCAGGGGAAGCAUGAUAUAUGCUCGAGUUCGACUGCUGCGACCCUCGUAGCGGUAAGAACAGAUAUCUGCAGACCUUUAUCUGACACUCUGGCGCUCACAUCUGAGUGCGGGACGUCAUGGACUCUCAGGUCGAAAACGCCAUUGAGAUAGCAUGGAACCCCUCCUCCGACCAAAGUCUCAAAGCUCAAGCCUUUGAGUUCCUCAACCAGCUCCGCUCUGAUGCUCAGGGCAGGCAGGCUUGCGUCACACUUUUCACAAGAUCUCCGAAAUGCUCCGAAGUUGUCCGGCUGGUGUCAUUGGAUGUGGUCAAUAAUUCUAUUCAGACACAACAGUUGGAUGCAGGUAGCUUAACCCACCUCAAAGAAACCUUUCUGCAGUACAUUAGGCGGACAUACGGGUCAGGCAGUCAAGACCAGAUUGACCCGCCCAGUCUUCAGAAUAAGCUCACGCAGACCUUGACGUUUCUCUUCAUAGCCCUUUAUCAGCAGGGCUGGGAGAGCUUCCUGGACGAUUUUCUUGCUCAGACUAGGCUUCAAAACAAUGGAUCAAGGGAUAAUAUCGCAGGUGUUGUGCUUUACUUGAGGGUUCUUAGCUCGAUUCAUGACGAGAUUGCGGAUGUGCUCGUUACUCGUUCUGGAUCAGAGACAAAACGGAAUACCGAGCUGAAAGACAUUCUCCGAGCUCGUGAUGUCCCAAAGGUAGCCGCGUCUUGGCAGGAAAUCCUCACACAAUGGAGAGACCGGAAUGAUGCUGUGGUGGAGAUGUGCCUCAAGGUUAUCGGGAAGUGGGUGAGCUGGAUCGAUAUAUCUUUAAUCGUGAAUCAGGACACGCUCAACCUGCUGUUUCAACUCGUUGGGAGGACGAACUCCACCAAUGGAGAAGACAAAGUCCGGGAUGCAGCGAUUGACACCUUCACUGAAAUUGUGGCCAAGAAAAUGAAAGCGUCUGACAAAAUCGGGAUGAUUGUUUUUCUGAACCUUGGAGACGUGGUCUCUCAACUCAUAGCAAGUCCCGCCUUACACGAUCUACGCACUACGUCUAGUUAUGAUACGGAUCUUGCAGAAGCUGUUGCGAAGCUCGUUAACAAUGUAGUGUUCGACAUUGUGAAAGUCUUGGAAGAUAACCUGGCACCCGCUGAGACUCGAGCACAAGCCGAGCAACUCAUUCAAUCCUUCCUACCUCUCCUUCUACGUUUCUUUUCUGACGAAUAUGACGAAAUCUGCUCUACUGUCAUUCCAUCUCUUACAGAUGUUCUUACUUUCCUGCGCAGAGCACAGCCUCUUCCACCAGCCUAUUCAGCUAUGUUGACGCCAGUUCUAAACGCUAUUAUUCAAAAGAUGAGAUACGAUGAGACAUCAUCUUGGGGAAAUGAGGACGAGCAGACUGACGAAGCUGAAUUCCAGGAAUUGAGAAAGAGAUUACAGGUACUGCAAAAGAGUGUGGCAGCUGUUGAUCAGGGACUAUACGUCGAGAUUUUGAGCAAUGUUGUUGGGAAUACUUUCCAGACACUCGAUCAACAAGGGGGCCAAAUGGAUUGGCGUGACCUUGAUCUCGCUCUCCAUGAGAUGUACUUAUUUGGAGAGCUCACUGUCCCCAACGGUGGUCUCUACGCCAAAAGCCAGCCAUCAAGCGUGGCAGCUGAGCGCUUGAUCGUCAUGAUGUCAAAAAUGGUCGACUCCGGCAUUGCAUCUUUUGCUCAUCCUGCAAUUCAGCUGCAAUACAUGGAGAUUUGUGUCCGUUAUUGCUCUUUCUUCGAGAACCAAACCGGAUUCAUUCCCCAAGUUCUGGAGCACUUUGUUCGUCUUGUUCAUCACACUCACAUCAGGGUCCGCACCCGCUCGUGGUACCUUUUCCACCGAUUUGUGAAGCACCUCCGAGCUCACGUUGGGAAUGUUGCAGAGACCGUGAUUCAGUCCAUCAGCGAUCUCUUACCUAUCAAGGCCGAGGUUCCAAGCGAGACAGCCGACGAUGACAUGUCUUCUGAUGAGAGCGAUCACUCUGCUGAUGCGGCAUUCAAUGCACAGCUCUACCUGUUUGAGGCAAUUGGUUGUAUGUCUUCAACGUCAACGACGCCUGUUCAGACACAAAUCCUAUACGCAAGGACAAUCAUGGAUCCAUUGUUCUCUGAGAUAGAAAGGAACCUAGCUCCGGCCAAAGCUGGUGACGCUCAAGCAAUCUUGCAGAUCCAUCACGUUAUAAUGGCUCUGGGAACUCUGGCACAUGGGUUUUCUGAUUGGACUCCUGGAAAUGCAGCGACUGCCCAUAAUGCUCCGUUGAACGAGGUAUCCGAAGAGUUUGGCCGUGCAGCGGAAGCAAUUCUCAUUGCACUAGAGGCGCUUAAGAGCUCGUUUGACGUUCGGACAGCAGCACGGGCAUCUUUUUCCAGGCUUAUGGGAGUUCUGGGCGUUAGGAUGCUGCCCCUACUUCCUCGCUGGAUUGAUGGCCUGCUUUCUGAGAGCUCUUCUAAAGAUGAGAUGGCAAUGUUUCUUCGUCUGUUGGACCAAGUUGUCUUUGGAUUCAAGAAGGAAAUUUAUACUGUGCUGGACUCAUUGCUUACCCCACUCCUCCAAAGAGUGUUUGCUGGGUUAGCUGAGCCUGUCACGGGCACCGAUGAUGAAAUCCAGCUCGCUGAAUUGAGGAGGGAAUAUCUUACGUUUGUUCAAAUUAUACUGAACAACGAGCUAGGCUCUGUCCUUGUAAGCGAUUCGAAUCAAGGAUUCUUUGAACCUCUGAUCGUGUCUGUUACGGGACUGGCGACGACUGUUAGCAGCGGAACUGGAAACCUCUCCGCCAGUCGACUGGCGUUCUCUGUCAUCACACGCAUGGCUGAUCUCUGGGGUGGACCGAAUGUUGCGACUCUCUCGGCACAGGCGCUCUCGUCGAAUAUUUCUCCAACUCCAGCUUUCCCCGGCUUCGAUCGCUUUCUCAUCGAGAGGUUCCAUCCCAUUUGCUGGGAAGUGCUAGGGGAGCCUUCGUUUCGCCCUGCAACAGAUGCUCAAGCCAAGCAGGUGCUUAAUGAAAUUGCAGGCUUAGAGCAAACGAUUUAUAUGAAGACUGGUGAUAUGUUCAUCCAGCACCUUCAACAAUCGUUCUUCCCAGCCAUGGGCAUUGAUGGAACGGACUUCAUCAGAUCUAUGACGACAUCUCCUGAUAAAAAGGGUCUCGCAGGGUUUCUUCAAGGCUUUUUAAGACAGAAGGGUUAGGGGUGAUGAAUGAGACAAUAUGGAUGGAUGAUUCACGCGGCAUUCCAGAGGCGUUUGUGAGGUAUACCAAAUGUGAAGGAUAGGUACUGUGAUGCCAUUGGAAAUGGCUUUAGCGUUGGGGUGGCUGCAGUCUAGAGGAAAGCCUUCGGUUCAUUAGCAUCCAAAAGAUUAGAAGAACUUCCCAUAAAGCACUUGAGGAGAGAUCCAGAUCAAAUUUGAAGACUGUUGAAAU